GUGAAGCCUGUGCAGGAAUGAAGAAUAUGCAAGUGUGAAAUACGCCAGUGCGUCCUUGUUGCCGCAUGUUCCGGCACUGCUCCCGCCUAUUGUCCCAUGGGUCCGCUUCGGUCUUGUCCCUCUGGCCAACCCGCACUCAAUCACAACCGCCGGGAUCGGUUGACAUCACCCAGACGGUGUGGUCGAGACGUUGCCGGGCAUGUCAAGUUCAAGGCCCUAUUACCUCCACAUCGUCCCCGUCUUCUCGCCCCAUCCCUCUCCACUGCAGCAGAGCCCUGCCACCGCCAACAGGCCAAGGUACUGCUCAUGCAAAAUGUCUGCGCUUCCGCCGAUCCCACAGCAUCUUUCCUUCAGCCAGGUCUCAGGCUCCACCGAGAGCUUCACACAACUGUCGCAAGAGACCCUCGACCGGCGUCUGUCGCUCUUCAACCAAAGGUCGUCUCUCUACCGCAACAAAACAGCAAUGCUCGAGCCGCGCGAGUCCCUGCUCGAAGAAGACGAAGCUGGCAUCGUCGGGGCCCCGGCCUCAACCGAUGUCCUGGUCGACUCGGUGGCUCUCGGUGAUCUCAAUGAAAAGCACAACCAAGUGCUGCUCCAUGCCGUCCAGGUUCUGAAGAAUCGCUAUGUGCCGAGACGAGAAAGCAACCUUCCGGGCAUUGUGUCGGCAUUGACCAAGUUUCAGAUCAGGACGGCAGACAAGCGGACAGCCCGGGACAGGUGGAACUAUGCCAUCAAUUCGACUCUGGCUGCCAUCCGAUCGAUCCAGGCAUUCCGGGUGGUUGAGCCUCGCUUCGUGUCUGGCAAGCCCGUCGGUGCCUUCAGUACCGGAACCUCAUAUACCGCACACAAGAUCGGCUUCUUCAUGGACGACUAUCGCACUCAGAGCCAUCAGUUUGUCUGCCAUCUCUCCAACGAGACACGCCAUGCCCUGCAAAAGGAACCCAGCGAGUACACCAAGCGAGACACCGAGCUUAUAUUUCGCCUGACCUCGACCAUGCCUGCCUUUGCAAAAUAUACGCUGCCGGUGCGCAAGGCCCUCAGCAAGGUUACCAAGUUCGAACUGUACAAGCAGGGUCGAGUGAUUGUCCGGGAAGGACACGAGGCCGAGAACUUUUACUUCAUCAUCAGCGGGCAGGUCGAAGUUCGCAAGAAUAUGGAGGGCCAGUCGGUGCUCUUGAACAUAUUAAAGAGCGGAGACAGCUUUGGCGAGCUUGCUCUGCUCCAGAAUGUCAAGCGUGCAGCGACAGUCAUUACCCUCAUGGACACUGAGUUUCUUCGUGUCAACAAAGGCGACUUUCUUGAUGUGCUGAAGAGUGAGUCCGAGCGUGAUCUGACCGAGAGGCUGGAGCUCCUCGAAUCGAUUCCGCUGUUCAAGAUGUUCUCCAAGUCGGCUCUCAUUCAUCUGGCUGCCACCAGUCAGUCACGAGACUACAUGGCCAACCAGACAAUCAUUACCGAAGGCGAUUUCCCCCAGAGCAUCGUCAUAAUCAAGGACGGCCAUUGUCGACUCCUGAAAGCAGUUCGUUUCCUCAGCAUACCCUGUUCGAAAGAAUACCCAGAUCGGCGGCAACUCAUGCCCUUUCCCGAGGAAGUCGAGACCUCGAGCCGAUCAAUCCAGACAAAGGACCCGCACACCGAGACCUUUAUCACCGGAACCAGCUUCAUCGAAUCCGGGCCACAGAUUCGGUCCGUGGACAAGAUACUCAAGAUAAAGGACUGUACAAACGGAGACUACUUUUUUGACGUUGCUGCCGUCGUCGCCUUAGGGGCCCCGAAUGUGAUCCGAGCCACGGCCCUGAACUUCCGGCAGCAACUACACGCCAAGCGAAGCCCGUUUUCGAUUGUGUCGUCCACGAGGGUCAAAGCCGUCUUGGUCAGCCAAAACGAGUUCAUCCGCCUGGUGGGCACUGAAAUAGCCUACCAGAUCGGGCACAAGUACCUGUCGGACGCUGUCGAUCUGUGGUCGAUCCAGAAACUGCAGCGCGAGUACUUGCGGUCGCGCGGAUGGAAGCUCUACAAGCAACGACUUAUGGAUGAUCUGCUGUGGCAACGGAAGCUCAAAUCGCGGCCCCGAGAGCACGAAGCCCUUCCCCGCAUUGCCUAGAACUGAUCAGCAGUCGGUAAUCGGGUCCGCACCGCUUCUCGGAGGCGGCAUUCGAUUGCAGAUAAUGGAGCGGGGUAUUCGAUCUCGGGAUGCUGGAGGAUAAACACA